AUGGCCAGCAGAAGACCAUCCAGCGAAAACAGCGAGCACGAAGCCCAGACGAUGGCCGGCGCACCCGAGCACGCACACGGCCUGGCCCACCAGCACCACCACAUCUUCUUCGCAUCCACCCACAGACGCUCCUCCUCGUCCAGCACCACCACGACCACCACAGCUGACUCCGCGAAGACCGGCCCUGCCGACGCAGCCACAGACCAGUCAUCGUCCCCGCUGCUCUCGUCCGUCCCAGCCAAGGAGGAGGAGCCCUAUCUCUACAUCCUCCUCCCCGUGCUCAUGAACCUCAAGGGCAACCUCGAGAUGAACCUUGCCGCCCGGCUCAGCACCAGCGCCAAUGUCGGCGACCUGGACUCGCCCAAGAAGCGCCGGGCAUUAGUCGUCGGAAACCUCACUUUGCUCCAAGUCCAAGCGCUGAUAGUCUCCUUUGCAGCCUCCUUGUUGUCCUUCGUUCUCGGCGUGCUGUCGCGGAACAACCUGCCCACGCUGCGGAUCGCCCAUGCCAAGCCGCUCACGGCGGCUGUCCCGGCGGCCAUGCCCGCCUGGAACUCGCCCCUCCAGGGCGGGUAUGCCGAGUGUCUCCUCGUGCUUGCCGCGGGGAUGCUCGCUGCGAGCGUCAACUCGCUGCUUCUGGGCGGACUCGUCUCUGGACUGGUUAUUGCUUGUCGGGUCCUCAGGAUCAACCCUGACAACAUCACCACCCCGAUUGCGUCCUCGCUCGGCGACCUGAUGACGCUAGUCUUCCUAAGCCUGGCCUCGUCCCUGUUCAUCCGGUUUUCCGACACAUGGACAUCGACAGUAAUCUUUGCUCUUCUUGCGUGUUCGGUCGGAUUGCAUGGGUACCUUACUGUCCGGAACGGCUAUGUGCGGGGGUUCCUGGGCGUGGGAUGGACGCCGCUGUUUGUGGCGAUGGCGAUCUCGACCUGCUCGGGCCUGGUGCUCGAGAAGGUCGUCGUCAGCCUGCCCGGCUUCGCCGCCGUCGCUCCGGUGCUCACGGGCAUAUGCGGAAACAUCGGCACCAUCUCCGUCUCCCGCAUCUCCACUGCCCUCCAUGCAUCCGCCGCCAGCCGCCAGCAAGCCGCACACAACACCGGCCAAGACGGCUUCCUCAAACUCCCCAACCAUGACUACGACGAUCUGGACGAUGACGAGGGAGAUGACUGGGAGAUCGACGGCCCAGAAAUCGACAUCCUCGAGCCCCCGCCCUCGUCCUCCACCCAAGAACCCGCGUGCAAAGUCGCACUCGUCCUCCUGCUCCUCAGCACUGCCAUCCUCGCCGGCUUCGCCCUCAUCAACAUGGGCCGUGCGGGCUUCGAUCUGGGCUUCUUCGUCGGCUUCAUGCUCUGUGUCCUCUGGACCAGCGCCGUCUCUCUUCUCGCGGCGUACCACCUCACCCAUCUCCUCUGGACCCGCAACCUCGACCCGGACAUCUAUGCGAUCCCUCUCUUGUCCUCGUCUAUCGACCUCAUCGGCCAAGCGAGCCUCGUCCUCACCUUCCUCCUCUUCAAAUCAUAA